CAGCAGUGGGCGCUAAUGCGACAUUAUGGAGGCCAACAGCCUUUAAAAAUCAACCGAAGAAGAAGAAACUCAGUUGGCUUUGGCAUUAGCAUUAGUAUUAGCUGCUGCUAUCUGGAAACCAAGCUGCGGAUUAAAGCUCACACGUCACUGCUGCCGUGUGAUGCAGUCAUGUCCCUGCAGGUGGCGUUGCAGCAGAGGAUCAGCUCUGCUCAGGUGUUGUUGAAGCGGGCGGAGCUUCUGUGCCGGGGGGUUGAAGGUCACCAGAAGCUGUGCAGUAAGCUGAGGGCGGAGCUUCGCUUUCUGCAGCGGGUGGAGGCGGGACAGCUGCAGGUCAAAGAGUCUCACCUGCACAGCACCAACCUGACUCACCUGACCGCCAUCGUGGAGUCAGCUGAGAGUCUGGAGGACGUGACCGCGCUGCUUCACGUCUUCACCUACGAGGAUGCCGCCGCUGGACGCCAGACGCUGGUGGUGGACGUGGUGGCGAACGGUGGACACACCUGGGUGAAGGCGGUGGGCAGGAAGGCGGAGGCGCUGCACAACAUCUGGCAGGGGCGGGGCCAAUAUGGCGACAAGAGCAUCAUCAGUCAGGCGGAGGACUUCCUGCACGCCAGCCGCCAGCAGCCGCUCGAGUACCGACACCCCACUGUAGUGUUCGCCUUCUACAACGGGGUUUCCCGGCCCAUGGCGCAGCACCUGGAGGGGAUGGGCGUGUCUGUGCGCGGGGACAUCGUAGCAGUCAACACUGACAAGGAGCAGGAGGAGGAGGAGUCUGCUGAUGACCACGAGGACGAGGAGCCAGAGUCCACCCGGGUCGAUCGUGGCGCCGUAGUGGCGAGUUUGGCGUUCCCGGCUCAGGUGCAGGUGGAGGAAUGUCGACGCGUUAACCUCGACAUCACGACUCUCAUCACGUACGUGUCAUCGCUGAGUCAUGGCGGCUGUCACUUCUCCUUCAGGGAGGCGGUGCUGACGGAGCAGGCGGCUCAGGAGCGCCGCCUGCAGGUGCUGCCGCAGCUCGACGCCUUCAUGACGGGGAAGGAGCUGUUCGCCUGCCGCGCGGCGGUCCACGACUUCCAGGUGAUCCUGGACACGCUCGGGGGGCCGAGUGAGAAGGAGCGCGCUCAGAAGCUGCUCGCUCGCCUGCACGUGGUGGACGACCAGCCGUCAGAGCGCACGCAGCGCCUCACGCACAGCGCCAAAGUCAACCGCCGCUCACUCCUCAUUUUUGGCACAGGGGACUCGCUGCGAGCCAUUACCAUGACGGCAAACAGUCGCUUCAUCAGGGCUGCAGCCAAUCAGGGCGUCCGAUACAGUGUGUUCAUCCACCAACCCCGAGCUCUGACGGAGGGCAAAGAGUGGAGGGCCACGCCCCUCUGAUGGGAGAUCAGCUGAUUGUUUGUUUCUUUAAAGAGUGGAGGGCCACGCCCCUCUGAUGGGAGAUCAGCUGAUUGUUUGUUUCUUUAAAGAGUGGAGGGCCACGCCCCUCUGAUGGGAGAUCAGCUGAUUGUUUGUUUGUUUGUUUGUUUGUUUUGUCAAAGACCAAUAAACAUCUUUUCCUGCUC